UUUGUGGUGUCGUUGUGGCAUUAAAAUAUUCCUCUCCCAAUUUCGUCUAUUUUACAUGGGAGUAUUACUUUUUGUUUUGAUUGAUAGACAUUCAAGUUUGGUUGAUUUGAUGAAACUUUUUUAAUUAUUUUAAAAUGGAGCAAGAUGUUGACACUGGUUAUAGAACUUUUUGCUGUACCUGCUUAAGUUCCGAUAGAAAUGUUAUUUCCAUAAAUGGACUUACGCAAAUCUAUCAAGUUUUCAGAUUAAUAAUGUAUGAUUACGCGGGUGACCGGUAUGGUGAUUCAAUAAUAGAAUUGGACCAGCUGGUCUGUUGGGAGUGUCUCGCCCUCAUGAAGAAGAUAGCACGGUUUAAAAGACAAGUUCACAAUGCUCAAGAGCAUUUACGAGUUCUGGCUAUGAGCCACUCUCAAGAGACAAUGGACCACACGUACAUGUCUCAAUCAUUAUCAUCUCUCGAAUGUGUUAUAAAGACGGAUUACGACAGAGUAUUUGUCAAUUAUACUAAUGACAUACAAGAAAAUAUAAUAGAUGAUAAGGAAAUACGUUCCGAUUGGCCACAGCACUACAUAGCGAUCAGCACCGCACAAAAUGUCAAGAAUGAAAGCUAUGACGUUGCUCAGGCUCUACGAGAUCAUAUAACAUUGGGUAUAGACAAUCAAGUUAUGGGAGUUCCAGAAAUAGUAUUAGAAAACCCUGUAACGGGUGUGAUGUCUCACAUAGUGGUCGGCACGGAUGGUUUGGUCACGAGUGAUACGUUCACGGCUCAAGCCGUUAAGGGUGAAUUACCGGAGCUUAUCAUAGACCCGACCACAACAGCGGACACAGUCAUAAUAAGCCAGAAACCGAAGCUGUCAAAAUUGAGUGCACACAAGGAUCUGAAGUCGGGUUACAUAACCGAGUAUAUGUCGGAGGCAGACAUGCUAGCUAUAAGAGAAGAAUUAAAGCAGAAGGUUCAGUACACAAGCACAGCGUACAAGUGUGAACUCUGUAUCAUAGGAUUUUACACGCAGCAACAGGUGGAGGAUCAUUUCAUAGCAAUGCACAGAGAGAAACCGGGUCACGCAACGUGCAAAGUGUGCUACGUGUACGUACAGGAAUCGAAGUUGGACGAACACACGCACAGCCAUUAUUUGAGAUACGUGUGCAAGCUGUGCAACAAGACGGAGACUAGUGUUAAACUCAUAACGCUCCACGUCCGGGCGCACAUGGUUAAACCGACGCCGAAUGCUGUCAUACAGAUCGGUGACGACUUCGAAGGGAAGGUACGUAAGAAAAAGAAGGACCCCGAGAAGAUAAAGGAUGAAGGCAAAGCGCCCCCCACUCCGGGAGAUCUCAGGAAGCUCCUGUCGAAGACCACCAUAGUUGGUUACAAAUGCUUGGAGUGUGAUAUGUUUUUUAAAAAUUCCCGUGCUCGAAAGAACCACGUGGCUCGUUUCCACAGAGAGGGCUUGCAGUGUGACCAUUGUAAGAAGCGAUUCGUCAACAGGACUACCCUCACGACGCACUUGAGGUUACACGAGGGUCCGCUGCCCAGAGAGGAAUGUCCGAUCUGCCACAAGAUGGUCCGGACGAUACAGAUAAAGUAUCACAUACAGAGGCAUCAGAACACGAGCCGCUACGAGUGCAAGGACUGCAGCAAAGUCUUCAGCCAUCUGGCGACGUACCAGGCUCACUUGAAGUACUCGAGGCCCCAUGCCUCCGAUCAGAUAUUUAAAUUUCCGUGUCCGAUGUGCAAUAAGGGCUACCCGACGAAGCAGGCGAUGCAAGAUCACUUCAACUAUCAACAUCUGGGCAAGACCUCGCACAAGUGUCCCGUGUGCGAUAAGCCGAUUGCGUCCCACAAGAACGUCGAAAGGCAUAUGAUGAGGGUCCACGGUGAGAAGAAGGUGAAGCCGAGGAACCACGUAUGUCAGCAGUGUGGGAAGGGUUUCACUGACAGAAAAGCCCUGACGCAGCACGAGGUCAUCCACUCCGGCGACCGUCCUCUUUCCUGCGACAUUUGCCAACAGACCUUCAAGCAGAAAGCCUCUCUAUAUACGCACAGGAAACGCGUGCAUAAAGUCUUCCCGGCUAAACGAGUCGUCGAGUUCAUGGACAAUAAAAGCGACGUGUAGGACAAUUUUAUACUUUUUUUUUUGUAAUAAAAUUGUCUUUGGAUGUGAUGAGCUAGUUUCAAGGUUAUUUGAGUGGGUACUGUGUUAAACACUUUUAAGAAAUAAACGGAAAAUUAAAUAUACUGGAGUGUGUUCCAAUGGCAGGAGGUGUAAAGAUAAACAAACCUUAGAUUUACGUAUUCCAUGCGAUUUGCUAAUAGUUCUGCUGUAUUGUACACUACAAACAGUUCUUGGUUAAUAUAUCUUUAUUUAUAAUACGACACUAUUACACUUAACUACUUAUAUACACUUGAAUUUUACUUCCAAAGUUCCGAUAACAACUUAGUCGUCAUUGACGACCCCAACGAACACUAAUGAUUAUAUUAAUCUCGACCAAUCACAUCGCGUCAUACUAUAGAUCUCGACCAAUCACGUCGCGUCAUGUCAAGGUCAAAGUUGUUUAUAUAUAAUCCUGACAUUGGAAUCUACUUGUUUGGUUUUUUUUCAAAGGAUCUAUUAAAGGUGAUAGUCGGUUAUGAGUUAAACUACCUAUAAGACAAGGGUAAAGGGUGACCGUAUAAAACAGUCUCGAUGGUUCCGUUUAAAGAACUGUUCGUAUUACGCUCAAAAUAAUUGAACGUUAUAUUUAUUGAAAUUAGUUUUGUUUCAAAUAGCGUUAGUGAGUCUACGACGUCAGUUAAAAAUAUGCUCUAAAGUAAUGUUGCAUAUCGAUAGUUAAGUUGUUCGCGAUAGUAUCGAUAGUCUAUCGAUAGUGUUGUCACGUGUCAAUACUAUCGAUAGUAUGGAUAGCUCCCCAUGAGCGAUACUAUCGAUAGUAUUGCAAAAACCAUUACUUUUAACCUAAACUAUCGAUAGUUCUGCAACGCCGCUCUAAAGUCUACAGAUUCCGAUAUGUAAUUUAAAUGAUAUUGUAACUGGCAACAUUUUAUAU